CCCCAUUUUUGAUCCGUCGCUCCUCCCCCUCUGCGAGCCGAAUGGUACGUCCCAGACAGACAUGUCACGAUCACAGCUCCGAGAGGCGAGAGCAGGGGGAGAUACACAAAGCCUGCCAUUGCACAUUACUACAUUUACGCUCCAAGUGAUGUCUACGCGUCCCAACUUAGCAGUCAGCGAAUAGUGAGCGACGACCACACAAACAACCGGGUUACUUCUUUAAUUUAAUCGAUUUGCGUGUUUUUCGACUCGACAUGUGAGUGGAGUAAGUUUCCGGCGAAAACUAAGGAAAGAGAAGAUAAUGAACUUUGGACCCUCCACACGGCUUUUCGUGUCAUGUUUCUCGACGUGCUGGAUGAAAUGAAAUAAAGUAGCCCGGCGUGGCGGCAGCUGGGCGGAAUUCACAAGAAGGAAUAAAGCGCACGAAUACAAGCGAUCACGCUAACUUUGACUUGCUGCUGAUAAAAGUGGAGGAAAAGUAGAAAACAUGUCUGCCAAAGCGUCCAACAAGGGCGCUGCCAUGGAGGAAACGGUCAUCUGGGAGCAGCACACUGUCACUCUUCACAGGGCUCCAGGGUUCGGCUUUGGCAUCGCCAUCUCAGGAGGCCGGGACAACCCUCACUUCCAGAGCGGAGAAACCUCCAUCGUCAUCUCAGAUGUCCUGAAGGGAGGCCCUGCAGAGGGCCAGCUGCAGGAGAACGACCGUGUGGUCAUGGUCAACGCCGUCUCCAUGGACAACGUGGAGCACGCCUACGCCGUGCAACAGCUCCGCAAGAGCGGGAAAAACGCCAAGAUUACCAUCCGCAGGAAGCGGAAGAUCCAGCUCCCGGUGUCGCGGCCCGGCGACCGGGAGACCAUGUCGGAGCACGAGGAGGACGAGGACGAGGAGAGCGAGGACGAGGAGGGUUACCAGGGCAACCGGGCCCAGAGCGCGGUGUACGGCGGGGCCGGGGCCGGGGCCGGGGCCGGGGCCAGCGGCGGCGGCAUGGCCCGCCGGCAGGAGCGGGAACACAGCGCGGGGCGGCGCGACCGCAGCGCCUCGCGGGACCGCAGCGUGUCGCCACGCUCGGAGCGGCGUUCCCAGGCCUCCCUGGGCCCGCCGAAGCCCUCCAAGGUCACCCUGGUCAAGUCCCGCAAGAGCGAAGAAUAUGGACUGCGCCUGGCCAGCCACAUCUUCGUGAAGGACAUCUCCCCAGAGAGUUUGGCCGCGCGGGACGGAAACAUCCAGGAGGGGGACGUGGUGCUGAAGAUAAACGGCACUGUCACAGAGAACCUGUCGCUCGUGGACGCCAAGAAGCUGAUAGAGAGGUCAAAGGGCAAGCUAAAGAUGGUAGUCCAGAGAGACGAGAGAGCCACGCUUCUAAACGUUCCUGACCUCGACGAUAGCAUUCCAUCAGGGAACAACUCUGACAGAGAUGACAUCUCUGAGAUCCAUUCCCUGACAUCAGAACAUUCCAACCGCUCCCUUGGGAGGGGCAGUCGCUCCAGGUCACCUGACCGCUCAGACACCCACGACCACCCCCGCCACUCCCCUCGCCAGGUCAGCAACGGCAGCCACAGGAGUCGAGAUGAGGAGCGGACGUCGAAGCAAGGGGCCAUGUCGACGCCGCUGAAGAGCUCCGAUGAUGGCGUUCUGUCUCAGACCAGCGACCAAGCCAGCUCGCAAGACGACAAGCACACCCCGCCACUGCCCGAACCAAAGCCGGUGUACGCCCAGCCGGGUCAGCCUGACGUGGACCUGCCCGUCAGCCCGUCGGACGCACCGAUACCCAGCGCUGCUCACGACGAAAGUAUCCUCAGGCCCAGUAUGAAGCUGGUGAAGUUUAGGAAGGGGGAGAGUGUGGGUCUCCGCCUGGCCGGGGGCAACGACGUGGGGAUAUUCGUGGCAGGCGUUCUGGAUGACAGCCCUGCCGCAAAGGAGGGCCUUGAAGAGGGUGACCAGAUCCUGAGAGUGAACAACGUGGACUUUGCCAACAUCAUCCGGGAGGAGGCGGUGCUGUUCCUGCUCGACCUGCUCAAAGGGGAGGAGGUCACCAUCCUGGCCCAGAAGAAGAAGGACGUGUACCGCAGGAUAGUGGAGUCGGACGUGGGCGACUCCUUCUACAUCCGGACGCACUUUGAGUACGAGAAGGAGUCUGCGUACGGCCUGAGCUUCAACAAGGGCGAGGUGUUCCGCGUGGUGGACACGCUGUACAACGGCAAGCUGGGCUCAUGGCUGGCCAUCCGCAUCGGAAAGAACCACCAGGAGGUGGAGCGCGGCAUCAUCCCCAACAAAAACAGAGCUGAGCAGCUGUCCAGCGUGCAGUACACCCUCCCCAAGACUCCAGGGGGAGAUAGAGCAGACUUCUGGCGCUUCCGCGGCCUGCGCAGCUCCAAGAGGAACCUGAGGAAGAGCAGGGAGGACCUGUCGGCCCAGCCAGUCCAGACAAAGUUCCCCGCCUAUGAGAGGGUUGUGCUUCGGGAAGCUGGGUUCCUGAGGCCCGUGGUUAUAUUCGGGCCGAUCGCAGAUGCGGCCCGAGAGAAGCUGGGCAGAGAGGAGCCUGAUGUAUUUGAGCUAGCAAAGAGCGAGCCUCGAGACGCGGGGACCGAAACAAAGAACUCUGGGAUCAUUCGUCUGCACACCAUCAAGCAGAUCAUCGACCGGGACAAGCACGCCGUGCUGGACAUCACCCCCAACGCGGUGGACCGGCUGAACUACGCCCAGUGGUACCCCAUCGUGGUCUUCCUCAACCCGGACUCCAAGCAGGGCGUGAAGACCAUGAGGACCCGCCUCUGCCCGGAGUCCCGCAAGAGCGCCCGGAAGCUGUACGACCGCUCCCACAAGCUGAGGAAGAACAACCACCACCUCUUCACCACCACCAUCAACCUGAACAACAUGAACGAGGGCUGGUACGGAGCUCUGAAGGAGAACAUCCAGCAGCAGCAGAACCAGCUGGUCUGGGUCUCCGAGGGCAAGGCCGACGGCGCCCCCGACGACGACCUGGAUCUCCAUGACGACCGGCUGUCCUACCUGUCGGCACCGGGCAGCGAGUACUCCAUGUGCAGCACGGACAGCCGCCACACCUCGGACUACGAGGACACGGACACGGAGGGCGGGGCCUACACCGACCAGGAGCUGGACGAGACGCUCAACGACGACGUGGGCGGGCCGCCGGCCGCGCCCGCCAUCACCCGCUCCUCGGAGCCCGUGCGGGACGACCCGCCCGUCAUCCAGGAGCCGCCGGGCUACACCAACUACCACCAGCCGGGCCCCUCCCCUGGGCCGGCCGCGGGCCACGCCCACAACCACAUGGCCGCCACCGGGGCCGUUCCCGCCGACGCGGCGCUGAGCCGCAUCGACCCGGCCGGGUUCAAGGCGCCGCCCCAGCAGAAAGCGGAGGCUGUGCUCCCUAGCCCCCCCCCCCAGGCCGAGCCGGCGGCCCCCGCCGCCCUCCACACUGUAAACUCUGUAGGAUCCUUUAGGGCCGCGCCGGCCCCCGACUCUGGCUCCCUCAGGAGGCCCCCGCCUGAGCGGGCCCCUCAGAGCGGAACCCCGGAGCCGCUCGCGACCGGACCGCCUGGCCCGGAACCAAAGAUGUUCCAGAAGGAUCCGUACUUGGACCACGGCGGGCGCAUGGCUCCGGCCGGCGUCAAGCCCGUGGCGACCUACGACCCCCAGCCCCCCUACCAGCUGGACCAGCCGCCAUACCGCGACUACGACCACCUGGCCGGCCGCUACGAGGGCAGCAGCGGGGGCAGCAGCGGCUACCUGGAGACCAAGUACCCCGCCUUCGACCCCCAGCUGCCCUACGAGAACAACGGCACGCACCCCGACCAGCCGUGGUCCCAGUACAGCCCCUCCCCCCCGGCCACCGCCGGCCCCCAGGGCUACGACCCCCGGGGGCCCUACGGCGACAGCCCGGACCUGCAGCCCCACCCCCCCCAGCGCUACGACCAGGAGCCCCCCCCGCAGCAGGGCCUGAACGGACGGCCGCGCUACGGUAAGCCGGCCGCGCCCGCCCCCCUUCGCUACGACGAGCCCCUCCCCCCGCUGGGCCCGCCCUACGACCCGCGCUCCCGCUACGACCAGGACCCCCAGCCCUACCCGCCCCCGGCCCACUCCCCGGAGCCGCCGGCGGCACUGCGCUACAACCAGGGCCCGCCCCCGACGCAGCCCCAGCCCCAGACGCAGCCCCAGGUGCCCCGGGGGUACAAGCCCCCCGCCCAGCCCUACGACCUGCCGCCCCAGGCCACGCCCUCGCCUCCGCCGCCCAAGAGCGAGGCGCCCUCGCCCCCGACGGAGCCGGCGCUGGACCAGCCGGCACUGAAGCACCAGUCGGUCCUGAACCGCGUCAAGAUGUUCGAGAACAAGCGCUCGGUGUCGGUGGACCGCGUCAACAGUGAGGCUGCCCUGAACAAGGCGGCUGAGCUGCCUGUCAAGCCCGGCGGAAGUGUGCCUAAAGCCAACUCUCUGAGUAACCUGGACCAGGAGAAGAACUUCAGGGCCCCGGAGCCCCAGAGGCCUCAGUCCAAGAUGACGGAGGACAUCGUGCGGGCCAAUCACCACAACCCCGACGAGGAAGAGGAGUACUACAGGGAGCAGCUGGCCUACCUGGACACCAUGCAGACCGGGACCAGUAAAGCCCUGCCGCAGGGCCAGGCGGCCUACAGCUACCCCAGUUCGACUGAAGGGGUGGGCGCCGUGGAGAAGAGAUAUGACGUUAUUCCACAAGGGACGCCUGCUGUUCGUCCAGGAACACUCACCAAGCCCACCGUACCUGAGAUCAAGGCCCCGGCGCGAGACGAGACGGUUCACACCAACUUCCUGCCGCACAAGAGUUUCCCGGAGAAGACGCCGGUGAACGGCACCAGCGAGCUCCCCGCCAAGCUCCCCAGCAGCGGCCCCGCCGCCGCCCCCAGCUACAACCGCUACGUGGCCAAGCCCUACACCACCUCCGCCAGGCCCUUCGAGCGCAAGUUCGACAGCCCCAAGUUCAACCACAACCUGCUGCCCCACGACAAGCCUGAGCCGGCGACCAAGAUCAACUCGAGUCCAGCCAAGGUGACGGUGGCUCCUCAGUCCCAGAGCACGGACCAGGACAGCGGCCUGGACACCUUCACACGCACCAUGGACCAGCGCUCCAAGUACCAGCCCAACAACAUCCACGCUGUGCCCAAGGCCAUCCCUGUCAGUCCCAGUGCCCUGGAGGACGAGGGUGACGAGGAGGGCCACACGGUGGUGGCCACGGCGCGGGGCGUCUUCAACUGCAACGGCGGCGUGCUGAGCUCCAUCGAGACGGGCGUCAGCAUCAUCAUCCCCCAGGGCGCCAUCCCCGACGGCGUGGAGCAGGAGAUCUACUUCAAGGUGUGCCGGGACAACAGCAUCCUGCCGCCCCUCGACAAGGAGAAAGGGGAGACCCUUCUCAGUCCCCUGGUGAUGUGCGGCCCCCACGGCCUGAAGUUCCAGAAGCCGGUGGAGCUGCGUCUGCCCCACUGCGCGUCCAUGACCCCCGAUGGUUGGUCUUUUGCUCUAAAAUCCUCCGACUCCUCGUCGGGUGACCCCAAGAGCUGGCAGAACAAGUCUCUCCCAGGGGACCCCAACUACCUGGUGGGGGCCAACUGUGUCUCUGUGCUCAUCGACCACUUCUGAGUCACUUGUCAACCCCCCCCCCCCCCCCCCGGGAUUCAAACCUGCAGCCUGGGACCCCUGAACAAACACACACACAUGCACACAAAUAUGACCACACACACACACUAAUACAAACACAUGGAUAUAAACACACACACACACACACACACGCACACAUAUAUGCACACACAAACGUAUAUAAAUACAAAUAAGCAUAUAUAAACGCACAGAGAUGCACUUAUAGCCGCACAUGUAUUCACACUACAAAGACACACAAGGACAUAAACACAUGUGCAAACACAUGCCCAUACACACACGGACAUACACAAACACACACACACACACAAGAUAACGCGUAUAAAAACAGACAUGUACACAAACAUACACGCCAGCCUGUCGCAUAUCAGAACAUGGAUGAUCUCGGCUCCAGUGGCAGAAGGCAGGGGCCCGCUGACUACAGGGGCCCCUUUAAACCCCACCCUUGAAGUCAUGACGUUUAAAAAGAAAAAGAAGCAGAAGAAGAAGAAAGUAAAUAAACACUUAAAAACUGUACAUUUUAACUGUGGAUGGAAUGCAUGCCCGCCCUUUUUGUCGCUACGGAGGAACGGAACACUUUGCUAUGCCGACGUCUAAUAACCUGUUUGCGCCCCGAAAGGACAUACUUACUCCACACUACCGUGUAUCUACUACACCAUAUAUAUGCCUACAGUAUAUAUAGAACAUUUUUAUAUUGUUUUGGAUUAACAGACGUUAUAACUCUUGACUAGUUAGACCAGAGCUGUGCGCGGCUGUUGAAACUCUUGUCUCGUAGCGACAGAGCCGACUAAAUACUCACCACCCCUGUUCCACCACUCCGAGUGCCAGCGUCUUGAGGAAGGUCUGAGAGAGAGAGAGAGAGAGAGAGAGAGAGGGGCAAGACGGUGAACCAGCGUGAUGGUUUUUGGUUGGUCGGUGAGAAGGAGGAGGAAGAGGAUUUUGGGUAAUAUUUUCAGGUCUCUGGUGUAGAAGGUUGUUUGUUUUUGCUGAAGGUUUGGUGAAAAAAAAAAAAAGAAGGCUCCCGUUUCCGGUGGCCAUCUAUGGUGUGGUGUCGUACUGCUGUGACGGGAUGCAUGUGCUUUACUCAGGUCCACAACCUGCUCGCUCGCUCUCUCUCGCUCUCUCUCUCUCUCGUUCUGGCUCUCUCUUUUGUUCUCUCUCGUUCUCUCUCUCUCUCGCUCUCGCUCUCUCUCUCUCUCUCUCUCUCACAUCACCCCCCUCUCUUCUACACAUUAUUAAGCAGUGAUGCCUUAUCUGAUUAGUGAACUUUAAGAAAGAAAAAAAAAUACAAAACAAACAGCUAAGUUCUUGUGGUGAAAUGAAGUUUGUUUAUUAUUAUUUUUUUUUUGCCAUUUUGUGAAGCCACUGUGAGUGAAACUGGCUUUAGCACUAAAGUACGGUUAAAAACUGGUUGAAACGGUAUGCUCUCAAUCUGCUAUGCAUAUUACUUCAGACGAAACAUAACCACACAAGUGGCUGUACAGAAUGCUAGCAAAUUGCCUUGGUUCUUUGUAAAUGAACUUUUUUGUAUUUAGUUUUUGUAAAAAAAAAAAGAAAAAAUUAGGGAGCAUGUUUUCAGUUUGAAGUGGGAAUAGUGAGACGGUGAAGCUGGGCAUCUUUGUUCCUAGGGUAUCAACCAGAGCGAUCAACACUUUGUACCAGCAUAUUCACACAAAAUGACCCUCACGAGAUGGCUUAAACUCCCUGGUUUAAACAACAGCACAGUGCUCUGAUUCAGGACAUUUAAAAACGUUAUUUUUAACUAGGCUGUGGAUCUCUCAAAUGUCCCCCCCCCCCCUCCCACAUUUAUUGAUUUGUGAUACUGGAUGCUGUUUUGUGUGCCCUUAUGUGUAUUUUUGUACUAAUAGGCAAAAUAUGAAGUUGGGCACAGCAGUACUGUUUCAUUGUUUAGAUAUAACACUGCUUUAACUGAAUAGUAGCUCUCACGUGUGGCUGACUUUUUUGUUCUCCUUUGCGACACAAUUUUAAUUAUACCACUGUAUUAAUAAAUAAAAAAUGUUUUAAAGUAACAAACGUUUUUCCCCGUUGAGCAAUCUUUUGUGAGUUAUCUGUGGUUGUUUUACCUAUUAUGCUUAUGCUUCCUAUUUUACAAUUAAUGACCAAAGUGAUGGGACGGCAGUGCGCAAUUACGCUUUGAUAUUAUCCAGCAGUUCCUCGUGUCGCCGCAAGAUGGUGCACAUUCGCUGUCCAUUCUUCAAAGUUUAAGAAAUUAGGGAACUCAUUUUGAAAAUACAGUUCGGUGGAGUCAAAAGCUAACCAAAGAUAG